AUGGCCGAAUUCGUGGCUGAUAACCCAAACAUUUUCGAAGAACUGGGGAGGUACUUCAAGAGGCAGGGGAAAGAAAAAGCUGAAUCCUCCAAGAGGAGACCGACGAAGUCCCCUGAAGUGCCUUCCGGCGAAGACUCCGAUGAGGGGCACCACUCUCGGAGCACUUCCAGACGCGCCCCUUCCAAGGCGACGUCUAAGAUCGCUUCCAUUUUCCGGGCGUUUUCCCGGGGCCUACUGGGAAAACGAGCUGAGGACCCACCUCGGCGUCCCGGAGGCUUAGCAGCCGAAUAUCUGAGGGCACCGCCCUUCACGAAUGACAUCAAUGGGGAGAUGGUCCCCCCAAACUUUAAACUUCCCGCCCUGCGUUCCUACGAUGGCCGAGGUGACCCCGAGAAUCACCUCCGCGCCUUCCUCUCCGCUUUUCGGCUCUAUUGCGUCCCCGACGCAGUAAUUUGCCGAGCUUUCCCCAUUUUCCUGCAGGGCACGGCCCGAAAGUGGUUCUGGGGUUUAGAACCGAGGAGCAUUUCCUCACUCGAUGAGUUGAUUGAUCGGUUCAUUCACCGCUUUGUAUCAUCUCGUCCGAUUACGAAGACUUCAGCCUACCUCUUGAACCUGCAGCAAGCCCCCGGCGAGUCACUGCGCUCCUACGUGCAGAGGUUCAAUGAGGAGAACGUGCAGAUACCUGUUCAGCAUGAGCAGGUAACCAUAGCUGCCUUCACCAAUGGGCUGAUCGCGGGAAUCUUCAAUACUGAGAUACACCGGGAUUACCCCCACACACUUCGGGAACUCUGGGAUCGAGUAGAUCAGGGAAUCCGAAGUGAAGAUCUAAACCGCAUGAAGCGAGAGGCUCAAGCGGCUCGUACCGGGCAAGAUUCCCGGAGGAAAAAAGACGCCGGCCGAGUCGAACAAGGCCCCAGUGGCUCGUCGACUCAGUUCCGAGGCCGCCGAAGUGUCUUCGACCGGAUCGUAAAAGGAAGGUCGUCCACCUCGGACGCCGAGAUGACACCCCUCAAUUCCAGCCGGACCCAUGUCCUGGCUGUGAUGAGGCAGAAUCACCUCGACCGAAACCCUCCUGAAAUUCCGGGAAGGAGAGAUAAGAGGAACUCAAACCUCUAUUGUGCCUACCACCGGGAUGUUGGGCACGGGACUGAAGACUGCAACGAUCUGAAGUGA